GUCUCGUAGGUAUACGGUACUGACGAAGUUUCAUUGUUCUCUAGGAGGGACAUAGCAAUAGGUUCAAAGCCACCAGCAUUGAACUCUGCGCAUCAACUGGGAUGAGUUCAUCUAUGCUCUAGCAGCCCCGAGUUGCGCAGCAUUGUGGGGUUGUGCUGCUGCUCGGUGCCCCAUGUCGCGCCCUUCCCCUCGCCCGGUGCUCAACCUGAGCGGGGCCGCCAUCCAUGGGCCCGAGGAGGAGAAGCACCCCAGCAUCCUGCUGCCCAACCAGCAGCAAGACGUCAGCCACUUUGCAAUCGACAUUGGAGGCUCUCUCAUCAAGCUGGUCUACUUCUCCAAGCACCCCGACUCCACACCUCCGCUGGACCGAAGCAAGGGGCAAACACGCCCCCCAACGCCCCCUCAAGCCCCCGAUGCUCUCCAAGAGCGCGCCAGCAGCCAUGAGGGCGCCGGCACUUCCAAGGCUGCUGUCUCCUCCCCCCGCCUCAGCAGCUGGCCCUCGCUGCGCGCCGCUCUGCGCAAAGGCGGCCGCCUCCACUUCGUCAAGUUUGAGACUGCCAAGUUGAGCGAGUGCCUGGAGUUCAUCGAACAGAAGAAGCUGCACUAUUACAAUGCCAUGGGGCUGGAGGGGCAGGAGGACACGGUGUGGGGCUACGGCGCAGCCAAGGACGUCACCAUCAAGGCGACGGGCGGGGGUGCGUUCAAGUACGCUGACGUGUUCAAGGAGCGGAUGGGCAUCACGCUGGAGAAGGAGGACGAGAUGGAGUGCCUCGUGGCGGGGGCCAACUUCCUGCUCAAGGCGGUGCGCGACGAGGCGUACACGCACAUGGACGGCCGGAAGCAGUUCGUGCACUUCUCGCAGCCCAGCGACCUCUUCCCGUACCUGCUCGUCAACAUCGGCUCCGGCGUCAGCAUGAUCAAGGUGAACGAGGACAGCUCCUUUGAGCGCGUAAGCGGCACCAACCUGGGGGGCGGCACCUUCUGGGGGCUCGGCCGCCUCCUCACCAAGUGCUCCAGCUUUGACGAGAUCCUGGAGAUGACGCGGCGCGGCGACAACAGUGCUGUGGACAUGCUAGUGGGGGACAUCUACGGCGGCAUGGACUACAGCAAGAUUGGGCUGUCCGCGAGCACGAUCGCGAGCAGUUUCGGCAAGGUGGUGUCACAGGACAAGGGCCUGGAGGACUACCGCCCCGAGGACAUCGCGCUGUCGCUCGUGCGCAUGGUCUCGUACAACAUCGGACAGAUCUCGGUGCUGAACGCGAUGCGGUACGGCCUGAAGCGCAUUUUCUUCGGCGGCUUCUUCAUCCGCGGCCACGACAUCACCAUGGACAUCAUCGCCUUCGCCAUCAACUUCUGGUCCAAGGGCGCGAUGCGCGCGAUGUUUCUGCGGCACGAGGGGUUCCUGGGCGCGCUGGGCGCGUUCCUGAGCUACAACGACGAGGCGGGCCCGCUGCUGCAGGGCAGCACCAGCAGCCAGUUCGUGGAGCGCUUCCCCAUGGGCGCGCCCUUCGCGGGCGGCGAGGUGCACGGGCCGCCCAUCAAGGACCUCAACGAAAAGAUCACGUGGAUGGAGAAGUUCGUGCGCACGGGCAGCGGCAUCACGGCGCCCACCCCAACGUCGCAGCCGCCACCCGACCUGGCGCGCACCGCGUCGGGGCCCAGCCUGCACGUCGGCGUCCUGCACCUCUACCCCUCGCUCGAGCCCUUCCCCCUCCUCGACGAACGCCAAGCUAGCUACGAGCCCAACACCUUUGACAUGGCGGAUCCCGAAGAACGAGAGUACUGGCUGCGCAUCCUGGAGGCGCACAUCCCUGGCGUAGUGGAGAAGGCCGUCGCCAGCGAGGGCAGCACCGACGACGCGCAGCGCCGCGGCCACGCCUUCGCGCUCGCCUUCCAGGCGCACCUCGCCAAGCUGCGCGCGGAGCCUGCUGCGUACGGGCAGCUGGGGCUGGCCAACCUGCUGGACAUGCGCGAGGACUGCCUGCGCGAGUUCAGCUUCCGCGACGCCUACCGCACCGUCAAGGAGAGGGAGAACGAGGCUUCUUUGGCGGUGCUGCCGGACCUGCUCGCCGAGCUGGACGCCAUGACGCCCGACUUGCGGCUGACGGCUCUGGUGGAGGGCGUGCUGGCGGGCAACAUCUUCGACUGGGGCAGCGCGGCGUGCGUGGAGCUGUACCAGAGCGGGACCAUCCUGGACAUCUACCGCAUGAGCCGCAACAAGCUCAAGCGCCCAUGGAAGGUCGAUGACUUUGACGCGUUGAAGCAGCGCUUUCUAGGGGACGGCACGGGCCCCCCGCCCCGGCCCCACGCGCGCGCGUUGCUGUUCGUGGACAACAGCGGUGCGGACGCGGUGCUGGGCAUGAUUCCGCUGGCGCGCGAGCUGCUGCGGCGCGGCACAGCCGUGGCCAUGGUGGCCAACAGCCAGCCCGCCAUCAACGACAUCACGCAGCCCGAGCUGGAGCACGUCCUGGACGCCGCAGCGCAGCACGAUGAGCUCCUGCGGUCGGCGCUGGAGGCUGGGGCGGAAGCGAGGCGGGCCGCGGGCAAUGCCGCGAGUGGCAGCGAGGGCGGGUCUGGCCCGGCACGGCUGUGGGUGGUGGGCAAUGGGCACGGCAGUCCGUGCAUCGACUUCCGGCGCGUGAGCGCGGAGCUGGCGGCGGCGGCGGAGGGGGCGGACCUGCUGGUGCUGGAGGGGAUGGGCCGCGCGCUGCAUACCAACUUCAACACGCGCUUCAAGUGCGAGGUCGUCAAGUUGGCAAUGAUCAAGAACCAGCGGUUGGCGGAGCGGCUGGUUGGAGGCAACAUCUUUGAUUGCGUCUGUAGAUACGAAGUGCCUCCAGCGAGCCCCUAAAAGUUGGCCAGGUCUCCUCAAGAUUCGAUUGUUGUAUAUAGCGGCAAGCUAGCCUCAGCGAGCGCUCCUGGAUCGAACAGCCGAGCCUCAAUUCCAGAAUCUUAAAGACGUAUAUGAACCAUGUUAUAUGAUGGAUAAUUUCUUAACAGUCAUAUGAUUGCAUUUGACCUCCAAAAAAAC